AUGGGCAACAAGAGGAUGACUCACUUAAUCCCGCCAAUCAAGUAGGUCAAAUGCAUUACACAUCACGGAACAUGUGCCAUUAUUUUAUUGGUAAUUACAGUAAAACUUUUUCAUUCUAGAAAAUCGAGAGACUAGGGUCGGUUGCCCCCCAUGAUUUUCCCCUGGACUUGGACUUCAGCUGAUUGCACAUGAAAAUCCUUAACAGACAGAACAGAACAGAAAGGAUAGCAAUAUUUAUCGGCUGAGAUUCUAGAAACUCUUCGAAAUUUAAGGACAACAUAGCACAAAUAUCACCGACAAUAUCUCUCUUUCUCUCUCUCUCUCUCUUCGGACACUCACAUACUCUUGUUUAUGAGACGCGCGCGCGCACACACACACACACACAAACGCAAACAUCGUUGGUUGGUUCCGCUGAUUUCAACAACCGAAUUCACAGCUUAACCUGUCGUGCCAAUUUUUGCAGCUGGAGAAGUGUAUUUUUAUUGCAUAAUUAAAAUUGCAGGAUGGGAAGGGUUAAGCUCAAGAUAAAGAGGUUAGAGAGCACUAGCAAUCGACAAGUGACUUAUUCAAAAAGGAGACAUGGAAUUUUGAAGAAAGCUAGGGAAUUGGCAAUACUAUGUGACAUAGAUAUUGCUCUUCUCAUGUUUUCACCAACUGGGAGAUCUACAUUAUAUCAAGGAGAGAACAGAAAUUUUGAAGAGGUUAUUGCAAAGUUCUCACAAUUGACUCCACAAGAAAGGGCAAAAAGGAAAUUGGAGAGCCUUGAAGCACUAAAGAAAACCUUCAAGAAGUUGGACCAUGAUGUAAAUAUAGAAGAUUUUCUGGGUUCAAGCUCUCAAACAGUGGAGGAAUUGGGUAAUCGAUUAAGGCUAUUGCAAGUUCAACUUACAGAACUACAAAAGAGACUGAGCUAUUGGAGUGAUCCAGAAAAAAUUGACAAUGUCGAAAAUCUAAGGCAGAUGGAAGACUUGCUACGAGAAUCAAUACAGCAAAUACGUCUACAAAAGGAAAAUUUUGGAAAACACCAGCUAGCUUCACUAGAAUGCGCUACCCAGUUUCAAAAUGGGAUGCCUUUACCUAUGCUAAUGAAUAGUGUGCACGAUGCCCAAUCCCUAUCAUGGCUUUCAAACAAUGACAAUCAACAUAUGCUAUUUCCCCAUGAGCCAAACUUCCUGCCACAGAGAGAUGUGGAGUGCUCCUCAGAUGUCUCACUUCCAGGUUAUUCUGGUUAUUUUAGCACUGAAAAGAAAGAUGCGGUUGGAAAUACAAUACAACUUGCUCAUAUGGGAUCUGGAGGUGGUACCUUGGAUGAGUUAAGUAGAAAUACAUGUUUAAGUAUGCAACUUGGUGAGCAAUACGCAUAUCCUUCGUAUGGUAGUUCAAAUUUGCUCGAAGAUGAUACUAAGUUGAAGCCUCAGAUGGAGAUGAACUUACAAGUGAAUCCUUUGGAUUAUCAAAUUAAUAGUAACUUUGGAGUGUCUAGACCGUUGUGUGACAGUGGGCAUCAUUCCUGGUUUUCUGCAUCGGCGCCUUGUAGCAUUUCCAUAUACAAUCAGAAUGGCUACCAGUGCAACCAAAUUGACUCUCAAGAGCCACGUUAAUUUUUAUCUAGAAGAAGAGGAUGGUAGGUGAAAGACUUUUCUGCGCAUUGCAUUUGAAGAUUUGGCUAUCCCUUCUUUUAAUGGAGUUGAAAACAAAUUCUGGAUGAAUUCUGCCAUGAAAUGAGAAUAAUCUAAAAGAUGUAUAAUUUCUCAUUUGGUUAUUUUGGUUACCAAAUCUCAUAGAUGUGUUUGCCGGAUCAUUGUAUGAGACAGAAAAACAUGUACAUCUGAAAUUGAGACUUCUCACCCCCCACCCCCUUUUUUUUUGAGACAGUUACGAUAGGGAUGGUUUCUGAUAUUAGUCUUCCAUCACCUUGCUUUAAAUUAAAUUGCUUCUGUGUUGAAAUAAAUGUAAUCUAAAAGAUGUACAGUUUCCUAUUGGAUAUUUUGGUUACCAAAUCUCAUAGCUGUAUAUGCUGUAUAAGACAGAAAAACAU